CCCAACCCCCAAGAAGACGCAGGUAGCGUCACCAUAGCAACCCCUUAACAACGCAUUGCCCAAUAUUUUUUGGCACACAAUUUUGCAACCACUUUAUAGUUUAGCGAAAUAUGACCAAAAGGAAGUCGUCUCUCCUCGUCCUUCUGGACACUUCCUCGUCUCGUAAUAAUAAUUUCCAUGGCGACCGUUCACAUGGAAACGAUUAAUUACCUCACCACUCGAGGUGUGCACAUCUUUGUUACAAAGCGUUGUUAAGGCGAUUACAAGAGAUCUUCUUCACACAAGGACAUGUGCAAUUUUAAUUUUAUCACCAUGGCAACCAGUGAUUGAGUGUGUGUGAGUGGUCCUUGUGUGUAGUGUUAUAUAAUUAUUUAAUUAUUAUAUUUAAUUUUUUUUCCAUGGAAACUAAAAAUAUAUUAUUUAUAAUUUUAAUACCAUAGCAACUUAAUACCAUAGCAACUUGAAAAUAAUAAUCCCAUAGCAACCUAAAAACCUCCAUAGAAACGAAAAACCACGUGACAAAAAUCUAAAAAUAAAAACUACUUUCUAAAAUCCCAACUCCAUAGUUUCCAUAGCAACCUAAAACCCUCUCCCCACAAAAAAAUGCCAGAAACCAAACCCCCCCUUCUCCCCCCCUUCCUCACCACCCCCCUCCUGACCCUCUUCCUCCUGACCCUAACCCUAUUUAUAUCCAUCCCCCUAAAACUGUACCACACCCUGGUGACCCUCCUCCGCCCCUUGCUUUACCCCACCCUCCUCUCCCAACUCACCCCCUACGACUCCAUAUUCGCCAUCGACAACCUCGACCACCCCCACGCCGCCAACAUUACGCUAAUUUAUCUCGAUGGCAACCUCACCCGAGAACAAGUUUUAGCUAAAUUUACACAGUUACUCAAAAAACCCAAUUUUAUAAAAUUACAACAAAUCAUCAUUAAUUUCCAUGGUUAUUUUUAUUGGAAAAAGUGCACGGAUUUUAACGUUGCCAAGCAUGUGAAAAGUGUGGAUAAUUUAUUUCCAUGGUUACUCGAAGAGGAGGACCACGACUCGAUUUUAUUUAAUUAUUUAGCGGGGAAGAUGGUGGAGAAAUUCCCAGAGGGGGACCCCCUUUGGGAUGUGGGGGUCGUGGGGGGGUUCAAGGGGGGGCAGAGCGUGCUUGUAAUUAGGAUUCAUCAUACUUAUGCGGAUGGGUACAGUCAGAAUUUUCUCGUGGAUGAGCUCUUUGGGGUCAGGAGUGGGUAUUUUGUCAAGGAAAAAGUGGGGGGCAGGGGGCGGUUGCUCCCCCUCCUCCUCCGCGCCCCCCGGAUGCUGACCUCCCUCUACCGCGACGCCCUCACGUCCCCCCCGAACCACUACACCCAGAAGAAAACCUCCACCACCGGGGUAAUCUCCAUAACAACCCUGGACCUCCCCCGAUACAAGCAAAUCCGCCGCAAGACCUCCACCCACUUUGCCUCCAUCGGAAUGUCCUUGAUGUGUGGGGCCCUCCGACGUUACUAUACGGAAACCCACCCCCCUCACACCCUCCCCCCCACCGUCGGAAUCAUGCACUCCCUCCCCAAACCGAACCAUCCCCUCACGAAAUUAGUGAACCACUGGGGGGUGGGCCUGUUCAAAAUCCCGAUUUCAAUAGGGGACCCCCUCGAGCGACUAGUAAAAACGGAGGAGAAUUUCGUAAACUAUCUAAAUUUAGGGUAUGACGAGUUACUCCACCUGCACAUGCCGAUUCUUGGGUGGUUCCCCUCUUGGUUAUUAAAGCGGUUUUUUAACUUGAAUUUUGGGACUUCGAUGGGCUUCACGAGCGUCCCCGCCGUGGAGGCAGGGGUCAAGUGGGGGGACGUGGAAGUGCUAAAAAUGGGCAAGGUCUUUGGCUUCCAGUGGGGGCAGACGGCGAUCGCCACCGCAGUGUACACCCACCAGUCCACGGCUACGAUAACGCUGUAUGCGAACAAAGACAUUGUUCCGGAUCAGGAGGCGAUAAACAGGAUUAAUAAAUAUCUUAGGGAGGAGUUUGAUGAGCUGUUUAAACAGGUGGAGCAGAGUUAUAAACGGCAGGGCGGGGGGAAGUUGGGUUAAUUAUAGUUAAUAUUAUUGUGCAAUAAAUUAUAUGUCUGAGAAAUUACGAAAAUAAAAAUUGUUUAUUAAACGAGA